AUGUUUCGAGCAACGUUGCCGGUUUUCAGAGUUAAUUAUGGGAUACAAUGGCAUCGUGGGAUACCUCUAUCGAUCAAGAGCAUAUUAAAUAGAGAGAGGAUAAUUGGUGUUGAAGAGGAUGAUUGUAAAGAAUUGUUGCAAUAUUUUGGUAGUUCUGAUGUGGCUAAGACGGUUACCAGUACUGAGAGGAUCCAUGUAAUUCGAUAUUUUUAUGAACGUGGAGCCUACGAUAGUGUAGUUAAUAUAGGGCAAAAAAUGUUGUAUAAGUUGGAUCAGAGUGGUAGGCUUCGAGAUGAUGUUACUUUGAAUGAGUUGAAGAGUUUUAUUAAUUCUCAUGGGAAUCGCAGGCUUAGUGGGAAGUACGAUUUGAUCGUGGAAGAUGUAAUUUCCCAAUGGUGUCCUACCAAUAAAGUGCAAUUAGUUAAAUUGAUUGAAAGUUUAUUUCACAGAUUGAUAAAUACAAAGAAAUAUCCACCACAUGAGGCAUUGUCUAGAUGGGCAUAUUGGAUUACUUUGAUUAAUGGCAAUUGCGAGUUUGUAUCGUAUUUGGAUAAUAAGGUGAUUUUGAAAAAACUACUUUAUUAUAUGAGAGAACAUAAACAAGAUCUUCUAGAGACAGGCAUUUUAGAUGACACAUUUAAGCUUAUCAAUCAGAGGUAUGGUAGUAACAUGACCUCUCAGUUUGCAUCUACUCUUUUGUACUUGGCCACUUACAAUAAGGAUUACAAAUUGGUCGAAAAAAUCUGGAGUUACAAAGUAGAAAAUAAGUUACCCGUUAAAAGUAGAGACCUGACUUCAAUUCUAAAGACAUAUUGUUAUUUAGGUUCGUUUGGCUUGGUCAAAUCUACUUAUGAUAAAUACCCUGAUGCCCAUAAUGAUCAAAAUCAAUUUGAUUACCUUUUAAUUGCUCAUUCGAAGUCCUACAACUGGACAUCUCUGCAGAAGGAGUUCGACUCCCUGUUUGGUAUAGGGAAACUACCUAAUAUUCGUCAAUAUGGUAUCGUAAUGAAUACUAUGGCAGACAUAGGGGAAUUGAAAAGCGUAGAUAGACUAUUUACCCAACUUCUAAGAAGAGGAAUGUCGCCCACAUAUACUGUUCUUCAAUCAAUGAUACAUGCCCAUUUGAAAGCUGGUGAUUUCCAUGGUUGUUUCAGUCAAUUUGAAAACUUCGAAAAGUUCAAUGUCGAACCUUCCGCGUCAACUUACUUGAUGAUGUUUAAAGUUUACAAAGGCUUGAAUAAUAUCGAUGGUGCCUUAAGGUUGAUGAGAAAAAUGACAGAUGAAUCCAAAGUUCAAAUUACAGAAGGGCAUUUCACAAUUUUGAUUGGCAUGUGUGCUAACAUCACAAAUUACCAAAUAGCACAAGAAUUAUUUGAUAUCAUGACUAAACAUUAUGACAUUGUACCAACAGGCAAUUCUGUUGCUGCAUUGAUGGAAGUCUAUAUAUCUAGUAAUUUACCACAGGAAUCAUUGAAACUUUUUAAAAGAUAUGCCCUCAAGAAAUCAGUUGAUGAGGCUCUAAUCAAUGUGUAUAAUAAGGCUAUUCGUGCAUAUACAAAGAUGAAUCAAAAGGAAAAGACAGAAGACCUAUUUAAAAAGAUUUUGGAAUUAAAAUUAAAACCAAAUAAAGAAUUUUUCCGUGUGAUGCUUGAGUAUCUGACAGUCUUACAAAGGGAUUUUAAAACUUCUGAAGAGGUUAUUGAUCGUUUACUCACUCAUGAAUCGGUUAGGAUUACACCAAACCACUUUGAGAUUCUAAUGGCAGCUUACGAUAAAAUAUCAUAUAACGAGGGUGUUUUGGCACUAUACAGCAAAAUGAAUGAGAAUAGAGUGCCAAUUAACUCUAGAAUUCUCUAUUAUUUGAUAAAAGCAGCAUUUAAAGCUCAAUCUCAUAAAAAUGGGGAUAUCAAUGAGGCAAUAGAAUUAGUUGAAGAUAUCAUUACAAAUACAGCAAAUAAAACAUUAGACGUGACAUUUUCAAGACCACAUCCAUCUAUCAUUGCAUGGCCAAUGAGAGUUAUUACAAAACAUUCCAAGCCAUCAAAAGCAUUAGAAUUAUUGAACAGGUAUAAUAAAUUAUUCUAUGAAAGCCAUGGUCAAUCUUCAAACCAUAGAUUUGUUGUGAUGAGAUCGCUGUUAGUUUUGUCUGCACAUAUUGAAGAAUGGGAUGGUUUUGAAGAUAUUUUUGAAAAAUAUAUAUCUAGAAUUGAAAAGUUCCAGGAUUCACCAACUGCAACAGUCAAGAAUAGAAGAAUGAAAUCUCUAGUUGUAGGCUUGUUUAAUUAUAAGGUGAAACAAUUAGUUGAAACCAAUAAAAUUAUUGAAUUGCCUCAAUGGUUGGAACGUAUUGAAAAACUUGGGUUAUAUAUCGACAAUCCGGCAUGGAAUGCAGCAAUAUUAGCUCUAUUUAAAGAUGAAAGAACCAUUGAACACGGUAUGAAGAUUAUCGACAAAAAAUUUAUCCACGGUUAUAAUUUAAUCCACAAAUGUAGAAUGUUAAGAAAGAUUGGAGAGAAAUCAGUUGUAUCAGAUAAAUCAUCGUGGUUUAUACAAAAGAAAAAGAACGAUCCAAAUAGCCUGACACCGACAUUGUAUCUUGAAUCCGAAACAUAUAAUGAAGUCAUUGAUGCCACAGAUAAAUAUCUGAGUACUGUAGAGAACAUAACGUCUGAGAUAAAGAGACUUGUGAAUAACUACAAAUAUUUUAUGAAGAACUAUUUAUUGAAAUCCCAUGAUAAUGUUAAUAAUUGGGACUUGGUUGAAAGAGAAUAUUCUGAAUUCCUGAAUGAAGUCAGGACAACUAAACGUGCAUCUUCUAUACUGUGA